AUGAUUGCCCUGCUGCUCGGCUGCGGCGCGGCACCCGCUGCCCAGACUGCUGAGUCUCCACCGGCAGUGCAAAAGGCGAUGCCAGACGCAUCAGUUAAUGACGGCUCGGAGGUCGAGGUAGUGGAGGUGGGCUACCAAGUGGGAUUGCGCGCUCCUGAGUUCGGCAUGACGCUGCUGGACGGCAGCAGGGUUACCACUGCCAACAUCGUGGACGAGGGCAAGCCGGUCUUGCUCUACUUCCACGCCACCUAUUGA